AUGGGCGGGGGCACGGCGGCAGAACCCCCGGCGUGGAUGGCCGCCGCCGCGCGCAGGUGGCUGGAGAACGCCGGCGCCACGGCGGAGGACGCCCCGGAGCGGGCCUUCAACGCGCUGCCGCUCUCCGGUGUGCGCGUGUCCCUCGCCGAGCGCGGCCGCGCGCUCUGCUCGCUCCGCGUGCCGCCCCAACUCACAGACGCGGAGGGGAACUGGCACACGGGCGCCAUCGCGGCGGCGGCGGACGACGUGUGCGCCGCGGCCAUCAUGUCCACCGAGGGCAUCAUCAAGGUCUCCGUCCACUACGACAUCUCCUACUUCACACCGGCCAAGCUCCAUGAGGAAGUGGAGAUGGACGGGCGGGUGGUGGAGCAGAAAGGGCGGAUGACGGCCGUGACGGUGGAGAUCCGGAAGAAGGAAUCUGGCGAGCUGGUGGCCAUCGGGAGGCAGUGGAUGACGGCCUCCAGGCCCAAAGGCUCUCAGAGCAAGAUCUGA